CACGUCACGUGGUGGACGCGGGUAGACGCGACUGCACGGAGACAGCUGAGAACAGCCGCGGAUUGCGGGAGGAGAGAGACUCUGGCUAGGUGGAGGGAUAUUAUCGAACAAAAUGGGAGUCGAAAUUGAGACAAUAACCCCCGGCGAUGGAAGGACUUUCCCUAAAAAAGGGCAGACGUGUGUGGUGCAUUAUGUUGGCUCCCUGACGGAUGGACGCAAGUUUGACUCCUCCCGUGACCGGGAUAAGCCGUUUAGAUUUAAAAUAGGAAAACAGGAAGUGAUCCGCGGCUGGGAAGAGGGAGUAGUUCAGAUGAGUGUUGGUCAGAGAGCCAAGCUGACCUGCUCGCCUGACUUUGCCUAUGGUGCCAAAGGCCACCCAGGGAUCAUCCCCCCCAAUGCCACCCUCAUCUUUGACGUUGAGCUACUAAGCCUUGAAUGAAGCCUCCCUACUGUCAGUUUUUGUUUGUUUUUGUCACUUCCUACCUUGGAAAUAUGAAAAGCUUGAAAAGCUAGGAGAGUCUGCACUUGAUUCUAUAAGAGGCUUAAGUCUAGUUUGCACCACUUUGGUCACUAUAAUAUCCAUACAAAUUCUGUGUUUUUGUCUGUGACUCAGUUAUCCUGUUUUCCUUAAAUUUCCUAUUUUAAAAACCUAUGGGCCAUAACCUUACAAACCUCGAUGUUCUUAAUCUUGAAUUGUUUUAUUGUUUUCCUUUGCUUUGUUUUGUGAAAUUAGUGGUUUUGCAUGUGGUUAUAUAGAAUACCAAUGAGAUUUUAAAAUAUAAAAUACCAAUGAGAUAUAAGCAGUGGUGCUUGAUGAUAAUCUAAACUGUGGAACCAAACUUAAAGAAUACAAAAAGCACAGGUCUGCAUCCACACCACUCCCAGCUCAAACCUGGAGAAAUAUUAGAGUUUUUUUGGAGAGGCUUAAUGUAAUCUUGAGUGGUGUAAGUGUAGUGAAAUAUUUUAGUCAUGGGAUGCCUUAACGGUGUACAGAACAUGUUAUCUGAUAUGUAAUUUACCUUUACUAGACAGUGCUGAUUUUUUAUUUCCUGUUAGGAGAUUGUGAGGAAGUAUCAUAGCAUAGCAUUGUUAUACCCCAUAAUUUUGCCCAGCUUUACCCAACACAGCCAUCACCUAUUUUAGUCUGCCGAGCCCAUGUCAUACAAAUCAUAUCCUAAUCUAUUUGUUAAAAGCUUUGCAUUUGAAUCAGAUUUUGCGGUUUCUUUCCUAGUGAAGUAUUUAACACCUGUGAAAGCCAUAAGCGUGUUAUUAACAGGGAAAAUAAUGGGAACCUCCAAUAAAUGCACAUUCAUUGGAUUAGUGAUUAUACUGUCCUAGAAGGUAAAUGCCUGAAAUUCUAAAAGGGUUUGAGGAAUCAAUUUAACUGUGACCUUCCCCACCUAAUUUUGUUUAACAACAUGCAUUAUGUAUUUUUCAGAUGCCAACUUCCUUAGAAUGACCCACACUUUACCUGUAAUUAAAUGGCAAAUAUUUUCAGUGUCAUUAGUAACAAUGACCAACUGCCUAAAUGAAAUGCUGUGUUAUAGUUGAAAAAGGGGUCAACAUUUUGUAUUACAUUGAAUAAAGUUAGUUAAAUGUAAUGGAGAAAGAACAUUUUCAGAUGCUGGCCAUCAUUGGUGUUGAUAUUACAGCUAUCUAGGCGCAUGGCACAAAAAUGGUCCUCAUAUGUACAGUCUGUGUGCUGAGUUACAUAUGCAGGCAAAACCAAUAAUGAAAUAAAAACAAAUUAGUGUUGCAAUAAAGUGCUCCCUGCCUGCUUUGGGAAAACAAA